UUGUUGAUUAACUUUUAAUCGGUUCGGCGGGCCCCCUUUUUCCCCGAGCCGGGACAUCCUCGCUUUAAGAUCCAGGGAUUGGAGGGGGAUUUUGGGGCCCAGCCGCUCGGAGACUGUGGCGAGGGUAGGUUCAGGGCCGAUGUGGUGUAAUUCAGGCCGCCAACAGGCCCGAUAAAUCCCUGCCCUCCCGCCAUUCCUUCGCCUGUCGCUCGAUCUGUUGGCCGGGACAACUGUCGGGGUCGGGCCCGCCUGCUCUCUUCACCCAGGCCGCCAACACUAGAAAGUGGAAGUGAAUAAUGAAUCUAUGCAUUUUGAGUAGAAAUGAUGGAAGAACUGCACAGUCUUGAUCCAAGGCGGCAGGAGCUCCUUGAAGCAAGGUUUACUGGGAUGGGAGUCACCAAGAUGCCAGUCAACGAGUCGUCCAACCAGAGCUUGUGUAGCUUGGGAUCGCUGAGUGACAAGGAAUCAGAGACACCAGAGAAGAAACAAAAUGAGCAACGGGGAAGGAAGAGAAAGGCAGAUUCUUACAAUGAUGCCAAUCAAGGCAAAGGCAAUCCAAGGGGACAUAAAAUUAGUGAUUACUUUGAGUUUGCUGGUGGGAAUGUCACAGGCACAAGUCCAGGCCGGAGUGUGCCACCUGUAGCUCGCUCAUCGCCACAACAUUCCCUGUCAUAUUCGUCACCUUCUGUUCAGCAUGGCAGUCCGUCAUCAGUGGGGUCAGCCAACACAGAGCAUUCCUGUAAUUCACAAAAGAUAAUUAAUGUACAACAUAAGCAAUCGCAGACAGACUUCACACUGGAGAAGCUCACUGCCUUGGAAAGCAACAAAAAUUCUGACCUGGAAAAAAAGGAAGGCCGGAUUGAUGAUUUACUCCGGGCAAAUUGUGACUUAAGAAGACAAAUAGAUGAACAACAGAAAAUGCUUGAAAGAUACAAAGAACGGUUAAAUAAGUGUGUGACAAUGAGUAAAAAACUGCUAAUAGAAAAGUCUAAACAAGAGAAGCUUGCCUGUCGAGACAAAAGUAUGCAGGACCGACUGCGACUAGGUCACUUCACUACGGUCCGGCACGGAGCUUCCUUCACUGAGCAAUGGACAGAUGGUUAUGCGUUUCAGAAUCUUAUUAAACAGCAAGAGCGAAUAAAUACACAGCGUGAGGAAAUUGAGCGACAGAGAAAGCUACUAGCAAAACGAAAGCCAGCAGCCAUGUGUCAGAUGCCACCUACAAGUACUGAACAGAAACAGAGGAAAAACAAAGCAAAUGGAGCAGAAAAUGAAACGUUAACUUUAGCAGAAUAUCAUGAACAAGAAGAAAUCUUCAAACUAAGAUUAGGACAUUUAAAAAAGGAAGAGGCAGAGAUACAGGCAGAGCUAGAGCGAUUAGAAAGAGUGCGGAAUUUACACAUUAGGGAACUGAAAAGGAUACACAAUGAAGACAAUUCACAAUUUAAAGACCACCCCACAUUAAAUGACAGAUAUUUGCUAUUAUACCUUUUGGGAAGAGGAGGUUUUAGUGAAGUGUACAAGGCAUUCGACUUGCAAGAACAGAGAUACGUAGCAGUGAAAAUACAUCAGUUAAAUAAAACCUGGAGGGAGGAAAAGAAAGAAAAUUACCACAAACAUGCUUGCAGAGAAUAUAGGAUUCACAAGGAGUUGGAUCACCCCAGGAUAGUCCGACUCUACGAUUAUUUCUCGUUAGAUACAGACUCGUUUUGUACUGUGUUGGAGUACUGUGAAGGCAACGACUUAGAUUUCUACCUAAAACAACACAAGUUAAUGUCCGAAAAAGAGGGCCGCUCCAUUAUCAUGCAGGUAGUCAAUGCUCUGAAAUAUCUGAAUGAGAUCAAGCCCCCCAUCAUCCACUAUGACCUCAAGCCAGGUAACAUUCUGCUGGUGAAUGGAACAGCAUGUGGAGAAAUAAAAAUCACAGAUUUUGGAUUAUCUAAAAUUAUGGAUGAUGAUAGCUACAAUUCAGUGGAUGGAAUGGAACUCACGUCACAGGGAGCAGGCACAUAUUGGUACUUGCCUCCUGAAUGCUUCGUGGUUGGGAAAGAGCCUCCUAAGAUAUCCAAUAAGGUCGAUGUUUGGUCUGUGGGAGUUAUAUUCUAUCAAUGUCUAUAUGGGCGCAAGCCAUUUGGUCACAACCAGUCCCAACAGGACAUUCUACAGGAAAACACGAUUUUGAAAGCCACAGAGGUGCAGUUCCCUCAGAAGCCAGUGAACAGUGCAGAAGCGAAGGCAUUUAUCCGCCGGUGUCUGGCAUAUCGUAAAGAGGACCGGAUAGAUGUUCAACAACUUGCCAGUGACCCGUACUUGAUGCCUCAUAUUAGGAAGUCAGUGUCUAGUACCGGUCCAGGUGUGGUCGCAUCAACGUCUGGAUCAUCAAGUAACAGCACCUCAAACUGAGCAUGCAGAAUAUCCACAUGAUGGUAUGUUAAAGAAAAGGAGUACAGAAUCCGUGCUGGUUAUGAUUUGUACCAGGUGUUUUCUCCAUAUGAAUGUGGGGAGGAACGUCCUCACGGAUUCUCCUAAGAGAGAUGGACAGAGACUGUGUUGCUCCAGGCAGAAAGUAAGGACAUGAUGUCAGAGGCUAUGAAUUAUUGACCAUGACUGAUGGCUGCUAACGAAAAGGACAAUGAUGAGAAUCUGCAUCCUGCUCCCAUGUACCUUGGCAGCAGCUCAGCCUUGAACUGAAAGGGUUUUGUGCCGGUAGAGAGUGAACAAGAUGGGAGUUCACUUUUUAAAUUGCCUUCCUCUACCCACUCCCAUCCCAUUCCCCACAUCCACUCAUCAGCUGUCCAAUUCCCCAUUUCAAGUAUUACAAAUUGGGAAUGGGAACUUCAGGUUGAGAAUAAAUGACACACCGGGGAUUGAAUUGUUCAAGUUUUUAAAACUGCCUGUUGGUGGCAGUGGUGUUCUUUGAGUUUGUUAUGAAUGCAACUCUAAUUGUCUUUUAAAGAAAAUUAGACCUUUUUCUCUUUCUCCCAUGCCUACUGCCUCACGCGUCUCAACUCACUUCACUUCUCAGCUGUGGUUUCUGAUGCUUUUUCAAUGUUGUGUUUUCUUUCACUGUUCCUGCAGUACUUUAUUUUGCUUGGGUGAAUGUGGAUUAGACAGAGACAACACUAAAACUUCGAACAAUCUGCAGUACAAAAGCUACUUUGCCACAUAGAUAUGUUUUUUCAGUUUUAUUCACCUUGGCAAAUUUUUUUUUAAUAUCAGUCUUGUUCACCCAUGCCCUUCUCCAGCUUUUGGUUACCUUUCUCUCGGAAGAUGCAUGUAAACGUUAGUUAUCAAUUUGGUGUAUUGAGUACAUGAGAGGAACACUUUGCAAUCAAGCAUCGGUUUACACCGGAAUAUUUUUAUGGGGGGAGAGGUCGAAAUAUAACUGAAAAUAUUCAACUGAGGAAAAAGCAGAUAUCUGACUUUUGAUAAGUUGACUUCUAUUAUCUUUUUAAAUAGUAAGCCUUUCAGGGUUUGUUUGUUAAUGGUUCAAGAUGAGUGGAUUUUUUCAAUAAAAUGCCGAGUGGUCUAACUCUGGACAACAAAUGCUAGUUUAUUAAUUGGCAGCAUCAUACCCCUUCCCAUUAAUGCAGUGACCAAUUCUUAGCAGCCAAAGAACCAGUUAAGCUGAUAAUUACACAGCUCUGAGUUCUAGGUCAGAGCUGAGUGAAAUGCUACCAAACCCCAUCCUGGGGCAAUGGUUAAAAGCAGUUGGUCAGAUGUAUUGAAAAUCCCUGCCUCCUAGCCAUGAUAAGUCUGGCAAUACAUUUCCGAGUAUUCCACAAUAGCUGUUUUUCUUUUUUUAUACUCUGAACUUGAGAAGUUAGAACCAAACAUGAAUCUCUGAUCAUGAAAAAUUUUAACUUGCAACUUAAAAGUAUAAUGUGACAAAAGCUACUCUCAAUGUUACAGCUUAGAGAGCAUGUGUUUGUCUUAUUGUUUUGUGAUACCCGAUCUUUUAUUUGAAUAGUUUCUAAAUUUUAAAAAAAUUGCUUUUAUUGAAGUAUACUUCAUUGAACUAUAAUCACAAUCAAGAUGUCCAUGUAAAAUAUACAACAAAAUACUGAUAGGGCAAAGGAGCCCAGGGUACAAACUUAGUGCCCCACCGAUUACCUAUACUCACAAUCCUUUUCACCAUUGAGCUUGGCUUGAAGACAUUUCAUUUUCCUCUAUUUAACAACCAAAAAAAAAAAUUGGAGGUGGCAUGGAGGCGUAACAGCUUAGCAUAAUGUUAUUACAGUGCCAGCGACCUGGGUUCAAUUCUUUUGCUGUCUGUAAGGAAUUUGUACGUUCUCCCCAUGAUCUUGUGGGUUUCCUACGGGUGCUCUGGUUUCCUCCCACAUUCCAAAAGUAUAUGGGUUAGUAGGUUAAUUGGUUACAUGGGUGUCAUUGGGCUAGAAGGGCCUGCUUUUGUGCUGUAUUUCUUUAAAAAUAAAAUUAAACCUCCUAGACCUGAGUCCGGUAUAACCAAAAGCUAAGGUGACUAGCUUGUCACUGAUCCUUUUAAAGUCUCCUUCAACUUAAUCAUGGAGAAGGGGAUCUAAAUUUCCAACUUGGGUCCUCCAUGACCUCCAUCCAGCACCCUUGCAUAAAAAUUCCUGUUAUUAACACAGCACAAAGAAUGUUUAAAAAUCAACUCACACUGUUUUGAUUUCAUCCAUCUUGAAGGUGUUUUGGGAGGCUGCAUUAAAAGUGAGGGAUUGCAAGCAUUGUGCAAGUAUCUAGUUUUUGAAUAGACUUUGAUUUUUUUCCUUCAUAAAAUUUUGUGCCUACACCGAUCUUAUUAAUCCAGUGCUGCUCAGAAUGUCUGAUCUAAGUGUUGAUCUUUGCAUCUAAGUAUUUCUGCCCCUAUCUGGGUAGAGUGCAUAUGUUUGCAAAAUACACUAAUCAUAAGUAAACGUUGUACAGCAGUGAGCAAAUUGUGCAUUUAUAUUGAAAAGUUGUGACUCUGGUUGUGGGGAGAGCUAUUCCACUCCCUCCCUCCCCUCCCUCACCACUUCCUCUUGUUCGUUUCCUUGCUCACUCUCACACUCCUUUGCUUCAUCAUUCUCUAACCUUAUCUCUAGCUCUUUUGUUGUGCCUGUCCUUUCUAUAAUUUGCAAUUUGCUUGCAAUGUGCUAUUUGCCCCUCUUAAGUAAUGUUUAUCCCGUACUCCCACUAAAGCUUUGAACAAAUUUGUGGUGCUUAUGGACAUCAAGUGGCAUCAAGCACAAGAUGUCUCCAUUGCCUGGUAUUAUUUUGCUCUUUCCCCUCCCAUUUCCAACCAAGCUUAUGGUAGAUUUGACCAAAAUGAUAAAGGAUUAAGACCUGUUUUGUGUUUAUAGGAGCAGGGGAAGUGCAAAUUUUCAAGAACUUUGCAGAGUAGCCCAGUAGUUGUGUGAAAGCAUUUCGCAGCAAGUGAUACUUUCUCCCAUUGGAAAAACCCUGAAAAGAAAACAGAACAUUAAUUGUUGCAAAUGAUCAGAAAUUGGAACUGAUCAAUGCCAUUUAUGGAUUCAUCUCAUAGGCACUUUUCUUCAAAAAUAGGAAGUAGUUGCUUGAAUAUCGAGGGUUCAUCUUCCCUGGAAAAUAAAGUUGAGAUAUAAGGGCAUCCUCUUGACUUCAAGGCAAUUCUUAGAAUAGUAACCCUAACAGUUGUUGAAUUAUUGAAAAGUCUUUAUGUAGCCUGUGGAAUUAGAUUAAUUUGGAUCAAUUAAUGAAAUAUGCUGCUAUUUCUGUGCCUCCUCUCCCCAAAAGUUUUAAUAGCACAGAACUUUUUUUUUUAAUCUCUCUAGAAAUUAGGAUAUUUUGUUGGUUCAAAAUCAAUAAUCCCAUAACAUUAAGGAUAAGGAAAGCAAUUGGGAUUAAAGUGUUACCUACAGAUUGGCCAAGUAAAACAAAAUAGCAAACAGUAUCAGUAAGUCUAAAGCGUGCCUCAGAUUAAAGGCAGCAUUCUUGUGCACAAGCAUUUUUUAGGUCUGUGAAUGGAAUGGAACAUGCAAUCAGUUGUUGUGCAGAAACCUGCCCAAAGUUUGCAACAAACUUCAAAAUAUCAUGAAUUAAUAGCACCUUGUGUGUGCUUUCUUAAAUUUGUCUUUUCUACUGUUUUGUUGAAGUGUUGUUGCAAGUCUUGUAUUUCAGUGCCAGUAGUAUGCAAUUUAGUGAGCUACUUUAAUUAUUUUAAAUAACUGAUUAAAUUAGUCAGGUUUCCUUUUCUAAAUGGUUGUAUGAGUUUACUUAAUACAGUAGAAUGAAAUAAUGAAUAAUGAAACUCAGAAUUGCAGAAAAUGCAGUGUUUUGUCAAUUGACUCCAGUAUUUUCUGCUUUUAUUUCUAGUAUCAAUGCACAUGUGGGGUAUGUUAUGGUCAGGAAUAUUAUUACCCUAAAGAAGAGGCUGUGAAAAACCAUAGUAAGUUUGGUACUAUGCAGCCAGAGGAACUACUUUUACACAGAAAACAGAGUUUGCACUUGACAGUAGUGUCUUGAUGAAACAGCAACCUCUUCCAGGAGUAAUUCAUAAAUCAUCAAUCUGAUUCUAAUAGGGCUGCAUUUUACUUUCUCAAGUUUAGAAGUAGUUCUGCCUAUUAAGAAAGGGGCAUUUUUGAAGAUUGAUAUAUACUGAUCUUUUGUCAAAAGACUGAGUGAAGGUGUGUUCCCUUGACCAGUGGUCCUCAACCUCCAGUGGCCCAGAUCAGAGGCGAUUGCUGAUUUCACUUUCUCUACGCAAUCAGCAAUUGCCUCUGAUUGGGACAACAUUUAUGUGCCGGGCGGCACCUAAUUAAUUAGCUUGUUUAUUUCAGCUUUUUUCUGAACGAUGUGCUGUGUGCGUUCCACCUACUGCUGCAUCCCCUGCAUGCUUCACGGCCCGGAGGUUGGGGACCACUGCCCUUGACUGCUUGUCUGAAGAUGAAGAGAGUGCAGUGCAAACUGGAAGAGGUGGUUACUUUAGCCUGUUGAUGACCUGCUUGGAUAAGUUUGCCUGAUGGCUGCUACAAUAGACAAUGCAGGUUUUGGCAGUAUGAGCACUGGCAGUUGUCCAACUUUCCAUUAAUGUGGUCUCACCUAUCACCUGCUCUAAAGGAGAGAGUUGCCUCUGCAGAGGUCUGACUGGAAGUAAUGUCUAUAUUACACACUUGCCGUUUUUUUCCCGCUUUGAACAUUUGUGUCAACAUUUUAACCAAGCAAGUAAUAGCUUUGAUCAUCAAUAUAGAUGGCAGUUAAUACGAGCAUCAGAAAUGGGGAAAAUGGCCCAAGUUCUGAAGUUGACCUGGGGAAAGGAGGGAACAGUUGAUGUUGUGCAAUAGCAUUAAAGAGUUGGGUGUCAUGUGCAGUCACUGAGAAAUCUGCAUACAUAAUAAAUGCAGGUUAGUUAACUGUAUAGAAAUGUUCAUAGUUUGUUCAGUGAUCUUUGUCAGCUUUGCAGUUUAAUCAGAUAAAUCUUGCUCUGGGAGUGAUCAACAGCGCAGCAACCACCUUGCCAGCCCAGGUUUCAUAUUUUACCUUGAGUUGGAUUUUCCUUUCCAAACCCGCCCCAAAGUAUACAGGUAUGUAAUCCAUUCCUAGCCUUGAAAUCGCGGCUCACCUGAACAUUGUAGAAAGUUGCUAUUUAGUAUUUUUCAGAUGAAUCCUUAAAAUCCAUUUGCUGUCAUUCAGUUAAACAAAUCUUCAGGGUAAAAAAAAGUGAUCUUGUUCCUUUUUGAAUGUGCAUAAUGGAGUUUAUUUUCAAAGGGAGGAGAUCUCCAUAGUAACAACAGUUCUCUGUUCAUAUGCUAAUAAAUAUUAAAAAUGUUAAAUGUUCUUUCAAUUCCUGACUUUUGUAGUGAAUUCCAUUGCAGCAUGAGAACUUCUUGGCAGGUUGGAAAAGUUGAUCCAUUUCAUAUAUCAACUGUGGUAUUUGGAUUAGCUGUGCUCUGCAACAGCUCAUUGCAAAAAAAAACCUAAAUACAUUGAGUUUUUGGUGGGUUUCAAAUUUUUUUUCCCCUUGAAGUAUUUUAUAAAAAGAAGAGGUGACCCAGUGUGCAUUCUGAUAAAUUAGUUUUAGAGUCCCAUAGUUUUCCUAUGUCAAUUAAUGGGAAAACCUGUUUGGUUAAUUCCUUUACUUGUGUGAGUUUGUUUUUCCAAUUGAAAUUUUGUUUAUCCCAGUUGUACAUUGUAUACAAGCAAUCUUUGGACAAUUUCUCCUUUUCAUGUUGCUCCUCUCCCCCCCCCCCACCCCCCCAGCCACUACAUCUGACAGCAAAAAAUAUCAGCAGUAUUGCUCUGUGGCUGAGUGUCACUCUGCAAUUAGACGUGCAGGAAUUUCAGUUUUUAGUGUUCCUUUCAUUUUCUUUUAUUGCAGCUAAUUAAAACACUGUGAAUAACUCCUGGUUUGUAAACAUUCAGACCAGCUUAUUUCUCCCUGUGGUUCCUCUUUCUAACAGUUCCUUUUGUUUUUAAGAAAUGUGUACAAAUGCCUCUAUUUAACUGUAUACUGUAGUGGUUUGACAUCUGAUUUCAACUGUGCGAGCCUCUCCUAGACAACAGCUUUACUUUAAUGUACAAAAGAAAUAAAAAAAAAUGAAGGGGUGAAGUUAAACCGGUACAGAUAUUUUCUUUUGAAUCAAAAGGAAGGUACCGUGGAGCCCCUGUGAGUAUGUGUCACUGUGAAAUACAUGCUUGGCUAAUAACCCAGUCUGUUGACGAGGGUUGCUGUGUAUAUUUCAAUAAAUUGUAUUGCUUUGUGCAGAUACCAAACUGCUAGAUGUCCAUUGAUAGCUGCUGAAAUGUAGAAAUUGUUCCUUUUAUUCAUCUGCUAAUAAAUUGAAUCUCAUAAAAAUG